AUGGGGCGCAAAAAAGCGGUUGAGUUUCCUUGGGAGUUGUGGGAGGAGAAGCUGCCGCAACUACGAGGCCGCAAAAGAAAUACGCAUGUAUAUGCAGACAUGGCCGUGAAAAUGGCGACAAAAGGCUUUGUGUUCUCGUCAAGAGAAAUAAAGGUUAAAAUAGACAAUUUAACAAAUAAAUAUAGAGAUGAGAAGAAAGUUGUUGGGCCUUCGGGCGGUACCCCAUCUGCGUGGGAGUACUACGAUAAAGUGCACCAUAUCCUUGGCGGAUACAAGUAUUUUAAUCUAGAAGCCAUUGCAGAAGAGAGUAGUACGAUUCUGAACACUUAA